GCCCAGCCGCCAUGUCGGCGGCGCCGGGAGAGCCCGGGCUGGGGCCUCCCGUGGGCGCCCGGUUCUUCUGUACGGCGGGCCGCGGCCUGGAGCCGUUCCUGAUGCGGGAGGUGCAGGCGCGGCUGGCGGCCACGCAGGUUGAAUAUAUUUCAGGAAAGGUUUUUUUCUCCACCAGUUCUGAUUUGAAUAUGCUGAAGAAAUUAAAAUCUGCAGAAAGGUUGUUUUUACUGAUUAAAAAGCAGCUUCCAUUCACUGUUUCUUCUGUAUCUAAAGGAAAAAUAUUUAGUGAAAUACAAAGACUUAUAAAUGAUGAUCCAGGAAAUUGGUUGAACGUCAUUUCAAUUUGGAAAAAUCUUCUUGAACUGAAUACAGAAAAUGAAAAACUUCCUCAAAGAGACACUAACCCACUAAAAAGAAAAGUGGGAGAAAAUGAAACUCUUGUUGCUAAGAAAUCAAAGACAGAGCAAACACGAAAGAUAGAAGAGAACAUGGAAUGCCAGGUGGGCAAACAGAGAGAAGAAGAAACCCUGGAGCAAAGAGAGCCUGUCGCUACCAGGGAAGAACUUCCAGAAGCAGCAUCAGAGAAUGACGUGGAGAAAGCAGUGGAAACCCAUCCCCAGGGCCAGUUGACUUUCCGAGUUUCCUGCCGCUGCAGCGGAACCAUUGGAAAGGCCGUUACUGCACAGGAGGUAGGAAGAGUAAUUGGAAUUGCUCUUAUGAGACAGUUUGGAUGGAAAGCAGAUUUAAGGGAUCCAAACUUAGAGGUCUUUAUCCAUCUAAAUGACAUUUACUCGGUGGUUGGGAUUCCUGUGCUCAGGGUGCCUUUAGCCAGCAGGGCGUACAUUAAGACGGCCGGACUGCGAUCCACCAUAGCUUGGGCAAUGGCCUCUCUUGCUGAAAUUAAGGCUGGUGCAUUUGUUUUAGAUCCCAUGUGUGGACUUGGAACAAUACUUCUGGAAGCUGCUAAGGAGUGGCCAGACGUGUUUUAUGUGGGUGCUGAUGUUAGUGACUCACAGCUACUCGGUGCCUGUGACAAUCUAAAAGCUGCCGGACUUGAGGAUAGAAUUGAGUUACUUCAACUCUCUGUUUUAGAAUUGCCACUGCCAUCAGAAAGUGUUGAUAUUAUUAUUUCUGACAUUCCAUUUGGGAAAAAGUUUAAGUUAGCAAAAGACAUCGAAAGAAUUCUACAAGAAAUGGAGAGCAGGCUCUUCAGCAUCUCGCAGGAUUGCAUGUUCGCAGGACCCAGGGGAAGGUGUCUCCAUCGCUGUCUCCACAGCACCGCUAGACAGAGCUCGGCUGAACGAGGGCCCGUGAACUCUCAGAAGGCUGACAGUCCAAGGGUGCUCCAUGCCGGAGGAACCAUUGUACUGUUGCUUAGUGAGAAUCACUACCUGUGCCUUAACGACCGUGAAGAGAGCAGCCUGCCUGUGAAUUCCAAGGGCAGCCACACAGAUGAACCUGGACCUGAAAAAUGCUCGAACCCUGAAGAAAACAUCGACAUACCAGAGACAGUUUCGUCUUCACAGGGAGCCAGUAACCAAGAGUACUUCUGUAAAAUGUCACCAUUUGGCUCUUUGGUCCCCGAGGAUUGCUACAAAGUUAGCCUUGGGAAAACAGAGGCGUUCAUGUGUAAAUACAGGAAGGCACACUCUUCGGGACCGUAGCCGGGACCGUAGCCGGCUGCUGCCACCAGCCAGCUCCAGCUCUUUAUCCAGAGUCCCACGCGAACAAAGUCCCCAAAGACUUGGCUGAUUGACACACGUUUUUAGUAAGAGUCUCUGCGCGCUCCUCUGAACUGCGUAAUGUUUUUGACAAAAAAAAAAAAAAAAAAAAGUGAAUAUUUAAGUUUUGUAUCUGUCAGAAAGCCCUGCUCAGCCAUGAACUGUCUCUGAGCAGAAGUCUCAGCUUCAGGGCUUGACACGAGUGUGUCACGGUCCACUCGAGCUCGGUGAUACGUUAACGUGCAGAUUUCUAGAAAUGGAGAAGCCUUUACAUGUAAUUUCUUUGGAUAUUAAACUUGAUUAUAUAAUUUUCUCCUCCACUGGAAUGAAGAUAACUAUUGUUUGCAGUACAUUUUUAUAUGUCAUAUCAUGUAAAACAUCAGUAGGAAGAAGAAUUCGAAUUAAACGAGUAUCCUCCAACCUGAUGGAAAAUGACAUUUGCUUCUUUCCUAAAAGCAUGAAUAAAUUGUCACCUCACCCAUAUUUGUAGAAGUUCAAUGUGUUUCUUAAG